GCUUUGAGCGAGCCCAGUUCAGAAAUUUUGAUGCUUUAUUAUUAUUAUUAUUAUUAUUAUUAUUAUUAUUAUUAUUAUUAUUCCUAUAUUGCUGUAAACUGAGGUGGGGCACCAUUAAAAAUAAUGGCAUCCUCCUGCAAACGAGCCCUGAGCUCACAGCGAGCAGCACCCGACGGUGCAGUGACAAAGCGUGGGCUCGGGGGGGGGCAGGAGGCUCUGCUGUAGGGCAGAGGCGUUUUCUCAACCCCUUCCUGCAAGAAGAGCAAGAGCGUGAUUAAUUAAGGCGGAUUUUUUAAAUGGGUUUCUGCUUAAUUGCUUCAAGGCGUGGAUGUUUUGGGUACCAGAGCAGCGGUGUUCAGGGCGUGAGUGCCUCUUUAUAGGGGCUGCAACCAGCGAGGCUCGGACCGUCGGCAGUUGUCCCCCAUCCCAGCUCAGACCCCUCCUCAAAUCCCCUUUGCUCCCAUCCGCGCUGUGGGUUCUGUCCCCUUUCCUCCCCCCCUGCCCUGCCAUAGGGACCAGGCGUUUUGGUGCUGAUCUGUAGGGCGCAGAGACCGCUAUGGGGGAUGCAAUAUGCAAUCAUCAACCCUCACCCUACCCUAAGCCCCCUCCCCAAAUCCCUUUUGUUCUCACCCCCGUUCUUCCCCCCCGUACCAACCCGUGUUUAGGGCACACUUCUAUGGGAUGCAGCCAUCGAGCCAUCACCGCCUCUCCCCCACCCCGAGCUCAGCCCUGGCUCUGCCCACCCCAAACCCUCGGGGAGGGGGGCGGUGGGAAGGGAAACGCCUUCCACAAAGAAAAUGAAACUCUCAGUGCUCCGCGGGGCCCCAUGGCUGCACCCAGCCCAGCGUCCCACCUCCCCAGCGAAGCCUCCUGCCCCAUUUGCCUGGAAUAUUUCCGAGAUCCCGUCUCCAUCCACUGCGGCCACAAUUUCUGCAGGGACUGCAUCGCUCGGUGCUGGGAACGGAGCACGGGGGAUUUCUGCUGCCCGCAAUGCAAGGAGACGGCGGCGGAGAGGAUUUUAUGUCCCAACAGGGAGCUGGCGAGGAUGCUGGAGAUCGCCAGGAGGCUGAGCCUGCAGGCAGCCCAGAGGGACGCUGCGGGGCAGGAAGGAUGCAAAAAGCACCGGGAACCUCUGAGCAUUUAUUGCAAAGACGAUGAAGCUUUCAUCUGCCUCAUCUGCCGCGAGUCGCGGCUGCACCGGGCUCAUGUGAUGCUUCCUGUGCAGGAUGCUGUCCAGGAAUACAAGGAACAAAUCCAAUCCCGUCUGCAAGCGCUGAAGGAAGGCAGAGACAAACUCCUGGGGUUCCGAGAGGCUGAGAUGAGGAGAAAUUGGGAGUAUUUGGAGAAAACCAGCACCGAACGGCAGAAGGUUUUGGGUGUAUUUGAAGGGCUGCGGCUCUUCCUGGAGGAGCAGGAACGUCACCUGCUGGCCCAGCUGGAAAACACAGAGAGGGACGUGGAGAAAACGCAGGAAGAGAACGUCACCAUCCUGACCAAGGAGAUCUCCCAGCUGGAUGCCAUCAUCCAGGAGACGGAGGAGAAGUGCCAGCAACCAGCAAGCCAGUUUCUGCAGGACAUCAGGAGCACCGUGAGCAGGUAUGAAGGGAGCUUCCUGAGCCCAUCUUGUUCAAUGGAAGCAAAUGGGAUGGAGGGGAGAGAUGGCAUGAAGUGGGAAUGGCUCCAGGCUGGCAGCUUCCUUCUUUCCUCUUCCUCCAGGUUGGGAAAGGAGAACUUCCAGCAGCCCGUGUUGCUUCUUCCAGACCUGGAAAGGAAACUCAGCCACUUCAGGGAGAAAAAUAAUGCAUUAGAGGAGAUUCUGAAGAACUUCAAAGAAAUCCUGAUGUUUGAGCUGCCUGAAAAGAUGAGUGUGACCCUGGAUCCAUCCACAGCUCACCCCCAGCUCUCCGUGUCAGCGGAUGGGAGCAGCGUGAGGUGGGAAGAUGCCCGACGGGAUGCAGCCAAGGAGGAAUUUGGGACCGAUCCCUUCGUGCUGGGCUGUGAGGGCGUCACGUCGGGGAGAUGCUGCUGGGAGGUGGAAGUGGCACCCGAAGGCUCCUGGGCUGUUGGUGUGGCCAAAGAAUCCCUAAAGAGGAGGGAAGAGAGCGGUGCGAGCCCUGAGGUUGAGCUCUGGUCUAUGGGUUUCUGUGAGGGACAGAUUUGGGCUCUGUCCUCCUUUGAGCGCAUGACGUUGCCCCAAAUCCAGGUUCCCAAAAGGGUUCGGGUCACCCUGGACUACGAGAGGGGCCAGGUGGCAUUUUUUGAUGCUGAUAAGAGGGCUCUGAUCUUCAUUUUCCCAUCGGCCUCAUUCCAAGGGGAGAGCAUCCACCCCUGGUUCCUGGUGUGGGGCGAGGGCUCUCAGAUCACGCUGUGUCCCUGAAGCUCCCCCGUACCCAAACACCAACAUUACGACCCCAACAUCCCUGUCCCAGCGCUUUGGGGGGCUCCUAUUGAAUUCCUCGUUGGAUUUUCUGCCUUCUCUUCCCAUUCCCAGCCACCCCAAAAGCUUAAGCACCUUCAGGUCAGGGUUCAGAAUUACCAGUGCCAGUUUUGGGGUUUCAUUAGCAAACAGAGACCCUUUUACCCCAUCUUGCAUCACUCGGAUUCUCCAAUCUUACGGUUUUAGAUGAAAUAAAAAGGUUUGUAUGUCAUAAA